UUGUCUGUUUUAGCAGCUAUACUUUCACAUAAAAUAACUAGUAGUAAUAAGAAAAGGAGAACUGAGAGAGAUGAGGUUACUAAAGGAGGGCAAGAACUAGAAAAUAAUUCUAGAGAAGGAAACUGGGAAAGCCGCAAGCAAACUAAUGAAGAAGUUGAAGAAUCUAUUAAACCAGAAAAG